AAAAGUUAGGACUUAGUUGUUUUAGAAGUUACUCUUGUGCCUUAUAGCGUGCGGUGCACCACCAUUUUACAGCCGAGUAUGGUUAACAAGUUAAAAUUUAGAAAUCCUCGGCCUCACGAAACUACUCCCUUGCCUUCCAUCUGUCCUUCACGUGUCCCUCUAAACCACUCAAAGAAUCCCAACCACAAUAUUCCCCCUCCUACAUAAUUCACCACGAUAUAUUCUUUUCAUCCAUAUCGUAUUUCCUUUUCCGUUACCCAAUCAAGUAACUGUCCUCGACGACCUUUUCCCUCCAAUGGAGUCCGUCGCCUCCAACUCUCCUUCACCGGACCUCCACCCCCACCACCCUCGCUUCAAUCCCAACCACCCCAUCUCAGACCGGAUACUCCGAGCCCUCCGCCACCCCCUCUGCCUUCUCCACCGUUCCAAUUCCAAUUUCUUCGUGUUGGGUACCACCGGGAAUGUCUACACUGUCAACUUAUCUUCCACGCCCUUUUGCUCGUGCCCUGACCCCACUACCCCUUGCAAGCACGUUUUAUUCGUCUUGAUUCGGGUUUUGGGCGUGUCUCUUGACGAUGUCUGCCUGCGGCGGAGGACCCUCCGGCCGUGCCAGCUCCACCGUCUUCUGGGCAUCCCAACCCUGCCGGAAUCACUAGCGGGUGCCACCCUCCGCCAGAGGUUCCACCAGCUGUCCUCUAGCGGAAGAAGCCUGCAGGAAGGGGCUUUGAAUCAGAUGAUAGAAAUAGAGGAAGGGUCAACGUGCCCAGUGUGUUUAGAGGAUAUGGGGAAGAAAGAGAAGGUGGUGGCUUGUGGGACGUGCGAGAAUCCUAUUCAUGAAGAGUGCUUUGUUAGGUGGAAGAGAAGCAGAGGAAAGAGAUGGGUGAGGUGUGUGAUAUGUAGAGCCAAGUGGAGGGACAUGAGCGAGCAGGUCAAGUAUCUCAAUCUCUCCUCCUAUGUUAUUGGGGAAGGCAUGGCCGGGCCUAGCUAGCGGGGUUUUCUAGAGUCUGCAGAUCUUCACUGCCAAAUAACAUUUAUUAACUAAUUCGUGUGCAUGUAAGAAUAAUCAAAAUACAGUUUCGUGAGAUGGUUCAUCAAAACACUACAAUAUAUGUCUACGUACUGAUAUAUUAAUAUAAAAUGAAAGUAGCGAGUCUCUGAGGACAGGCUAUGCUCAGAGGCUACGAAAGCAACGGUUGGAUUCUGAACGCCAUCAUCUGAAAGGAGCAUAAUCAUGCGUGAAAUAGGUACUAUAUAUGGUAUUGCAGAAGAAUUGAAGGAAGUAGCAUUUUAAUUAAUUAGAAGAAGCUGAUCGGUGAUCAUGGACAUGGUAAAGUUAGUUAGGUUGUAAAUGUUAGGAGUAGUGAUUGCUGGUGUUGAAGAUAAACUUGACGACGAAAAGACUGAAAGAUUUGAAAGCAAUGCCUGAAAUCUUCAAGAAUUAGAAAUUUAGUGUAUAUCUGCAUGUGCAGACGAGACGUGCAUCCCCUUCUCAGUCAGCUGUUGCAGAAAAUUGUAAUAGAUCUGUUACAUACAUGCUUGUUAUAUAUGUACACACAAGGGCGUAUUAUAGCAGCCUCUCUGGAAGUGGGGAAUUAUUAUUCCUCUACAGAAAUCAUGACCAAAGACUGUUUCAUAAGUAAUCUUUGUUUUUUUGCAAUUCUCUUCCAGAUUAACAUAUGCAUAAGUACAUUAAGAAUUUUAUUAUUUCUCACCUUUA